AUGAUGGGACACAGGCACCACCCCCAACAGCAGCAGCAGCAGCAGCAGCAGCAGCAGCAGCAGCAGCAGCAGCAGCGGCAGCAGCAGCAGCAGCAGCAGCUAAGGCGACCAAUUUCUUUGUCUGAUCCCUUAUCUCAGCAGCAGCAGCAGCAGCAGCAGCAGCAGCGGCAGCAAAUCCGACGGGGAAGCAUAACAACAGCAGGUAGAAGUGCUGCUGCUGCUGCUUCUGCUGCUCUGAUCGAGGUCGUCAGCAGUGUACAGGGUGGAAAAGUACGACCAGGAGUAGCAACAGCAGCAGCAACAGCAGCAGCAGCAGCAGAAGCAGAAGCAGCAGCGCUUGCGGCUUACACCUCGUGGCGUAGCUCUAGCAGAGGCACCAGCAGAGCAGCAGAGGCGCCUGCAGCCCCUGCUGCUACAGAAGCAACAUCAGCAGCAGCAGCAGAAGCUGCUGCUGCUUCUGGGCCGGAUGCUGCUGCAGAGACUCCAGACGAGGAGCUUCUGCUGCCGCUGCACCCUCGGCGCUUACCUGGGGGCUGCAGCAGCAGCAGCAGCAAGGCGAGCAGCGGCAGCAACAACAACAAUAACAACAACAGCAGCAACGUGGGCAACAGCGGCAGCAUCAGCAGCAGAAGCAGAAGCAGCAGAAGCAGCAGAAGCAGCAGCAGCAAAGGUAUAGAGCAGCAGAAGCCUCUGGGCGAAGACAAGAAAUGUCUGGCAGGCUGCUGCUUCGCCCAGCGUGUACAACCCCAGUCGGCAGCAGCAUCAGCAGCAGCAACAGCAGCAUCAGCAGCAGCGGCAACUCCAGCAGCACCGCCUGCACCGUCAUCGCCAGCAACAGCAGCAGUAUCAGCAGCAGUGGUAGCAGCAUCUGCAGCAGCAGCAGCAGCAGCAGCAGCAGAGGCCUCCGUUUGGAGACCCCACACCCCCAGCGGAUCGACUUCCCCCAUCCAAUGUACUUCGCUGCAGCAGCAAGGUCCCAGCAGCAGCAGCAGCAGCAGGGCUUGCUGCUGCUGCAACAGUACUGGCGAGCUGCUGCCGGCAUCCGGUGCAGCUAUUCGGAGCACCAAUUUGCUGCUGCUGCUGCAGCAGCAAAAUCACCUCUGCAGCAGCCGCAUGCAGACCUCCUGGGGCUUUUUUGUUUCACAAAGACAGAGAGAUGCCUGCUGCAGCUACUCUAGCAGCAGCAGAAGCGGCGGCAACGGCAGCAAAUGCAAUAGCAGCAGCAACAGCAGCAGCAGCAGCAGCAGUCCCGACCUCAACGGCGGCUCGUCUGAGCUCAGGGAGCAUGCAGCAGCACCUACAAUGCCCAGCAGCAGCACCAGCUGCAACAGCAGCAACAGGAACAGCGGGGAUGGCACCUCCGUUCAAGAGCAAGCUGCUGCUGCUGCUGCUGCUGCUGCUGCUGUUGCUGCUGCUGCUGCUGCUGCAGCUGCUGCGGAUGCAGCAGCUCUUCCUCCUAGCACUGCAUCUUCAGGGGAGCCUGAGUAUGUAGACAGAGACUUUACUAUUUGCACAUGUGAUGCAGCAGCAGCGCAAGCAGCAGCAGCACGAGCAGCAGCAAAGGCAGCCGCCAAGGUCGCCGCCGCCGCCGCCGCUGCAGCAGCAGCAGCAGCAGCAGCAAAGGCAGGGGCAGCAGACACAGCAGCAGCAGCAGCAGCAGCAGCGCUGCACCCGCCUUCUGCCCUCCAAUGGGUCUUCCGCCGUCCUGUGGACUCCGAUGCGUGGCUAAAUCAUGCAGAGGCCCCUGCUGCUGCUGCUGCUGCUGCUGCUGCCGCCGCCGCUGCUGCUGCUGUUGCUGCUGCUGCUGCUGCUGAUGCCCCAGCGUCCGGCACUGCGAUGUAUCCCGCAAAGGGCACGGCGCUGGUAGUCCCUGGAGAGAAGAGCUGCAGCAGCAGCGCAGCAGAAGCAGAAGCAGCAGCAGCAGCAGCGCAAAUCAUCGAUGCCCGCGAGGCCGCCUUGACUAAGGCUCCAGCAACAGCAGCAUGCACUCAACUUGCUGCUGCUGCUGCACAGGGGAGCACUGCGGUUAUUCAAGCAGAACCGCUGGCAACAGGGCUUGUUACGCAGCAGCUUCUGCAUUCGGAAAGGGCUGCGGGGGAGAAGCAGCAGCAGCAGCAGCAGCAGCAGCAGCAGCAGUUCGCAGCAGUUACGGGGCAGUGCGUGCCUUCUCAGCAGCAGCUGCUGCUGCUGGUGCUUGCUGGCAGCAUCCCUUUUGUUGGCUUUGGUUUUGUAGACAACUUCGUCAUGAUCGUUGCAGGAGAUAUGUUCGACACGACGCUUUGCGUUUCGCUCGGCCUAUCCACAAUGGCCGCAGCAGCUCUUGUCCCCGCUGUCAAGCCGACUGCUGCUGCUGCUGCUGCUGCUAUUCCUGCUGCUGCUGCUGCUGCUGCUGCUGCUGCUGCUGCUGCUGCUGCUGCUGCAGGCAUGGUGCCUUUGUUGUUGCUGGAUACGAAGGAGGGCGCGCGUUUGAAGACGCAGCGAGACGAAGACAACUUCAUCU